AGAAAGCAGAGCAGCAAGACAAGGAGGCCAGUAAGAAAGAACUCAAGCAGGGAGUCAGAAACAGAGAAACAGCCAGAAUGUGGAGCUUGAUCUGUUUGAAAAGAAAAGCUAGCCAGUAGGCAGAGAACUGUGUACCUAAGACCUGAGAGGAAGUUAACAGGAAAAAUAUAAGGCUUAAUUAAAUAUCUUUGGGACUAUGAUUAGAUAGGCCUAGAGGGAUCUGUUUAUUCUUUAUUUGCCCUCCUGUUGCUUAACUGGGCCUUACUGUAGACCUGAACAAACUGUUUUCCCCAUUGGGGGAUCUAAUUGAGAGUUCUAACAAAAGAAAAGACUUUUUAUUAGAGUAGUAAAUCUUUUGAAAGGUGUUAUUGCUGUGGCUUGCAGUUAUUGGUUGUGUAUCCUAUGCCUAAAGUUUUGCCACUACCAAAACAGGGAUUCAUUUAUGGAAUAAAAUGUUUGGUGUCUGCAUUGGUGAAGACAAGCCGAACAAAUAAAGACCCCCACCUGGGGCCAAUGGAAGAGUUCCUGCAGGAGGGAGUAAGGUGUAAGAGAGAGUGAGAUUGCUCACACUUUUUUUUUUGCCAAUCUCACUUCCCAUCACCAAAUAAGGCUGGGCCAGAUAAGGCUAUGACAGAAGGUGUAAGCCAGGUAGACUCUGGAAUUUGUGGCAUGCAUACAGAUGGCAGAACAGGCCAGAUACUCUGAGACAAAGUUAGCUCAGAAAUCCUUUCAGGAUGAAUUGCUGGGAAUCACAAUCAUAGAGUCUCUACAGUCUGAUGAUGCUCCACUCUAUCAUGUCCAUCAGAAAGAUGGAGUGCUGAUCUGUGAUGACUUUCUGCUAGGAUGUUGUCCACUGCAGGGACAAUGUCCAUGUCACCACACCCCAUUUCCUUACCAUUGGCAGUGGCGCCGCCGGAAAGAUUGUGUAUGGCUAAGUUUCAGCUUUUCUGCUCAACACCAUUUGGAGAGGCUAUACUGUGACAAGAAUGUGACGGAAGCAAAGCUGCUAGACAGGAAUGGAGAUUACUGUUCCUUAAUCUUUAAUGGCAUGGUGCUCGGAGAGAAUGUGUUAUAUGACAAAAUCAGGCGUCUGUCCAACAGCAGCAACCCAGUGUACAACCCUUACUUCCAUGUAGAGUGGAAGGUUUACUGGAAGGAAUGUGAUAAAUGGAUGAAAUACCAGGAGCCCAUUGUACGAGAACUUGUGGCUGCUUUUGAGAAGGGCAUGUGGAACCAUGCUUUUUAUCUUCACGGUCAUCUCUACAAUGUGGAUAUCAAACAAAUGACCCAAUGCAAUGUCCGCUCAGGCUUUACUCGCAACAUCAUGUACCGACCCAUCUUGCGUACAUGCACCUCAAUGGUGCCCUAUUUGCGAUCAAUUUCUUCACUCCUUCAUCCUAUAGCCAACCCCGGAGAUGACCCACUGGAUUUCUAUUGUGGGCCUUAUCCUGCAACAUGGCCCCCACCACCUCAAGAGAAUUGUGCUUUUACCAUGGUAGAAGUAUCUGCAUCAGAGAUGGCUACCCACAAAGUGAAAAAGCUCUUCCAUGCCACAUUGCCAGAGAAGCAGGUAUUAGUGCUGGCUGUGUACCGCAUACACAAUGACCAACUUUGGCAAGCAUAUAUGAGGCAGAAAGAGUUCAUGUCUCAGACACGCAUUGUAGAUAACGUGGAUGUCCUGGAAAGGCAUCUUUUCCAUGGCACGGGAGCAGCUCAGAUAAAGCCUAUUUGCACAGAGAACUUUAAUCCUCACUUGUCAGGUUUGAAUGGUAGUGUAUAUGGCAAAGGCAUUUACUUUGCAAAAGAUGCCAAUAUUUCACACUCCUAUGCCAAAACAGCCAAAGAUAACAUGCGCCACAUGUUCCUGGCGAAAGUAUUGACAGGGUACUGGAUGAAAGGCAAUUCGAAGUGCAGGAAGCCUCGCAUUUGGUACGAUUCCUGUGUGGAUUGUGUCUCUGACCCCAAAAUCUUUGUCGUCUUCAAGAACUGCCAAUGCUACCCCUAUUUCCUGAUCCGCUACAAGGAAGUGAACACGCCUGUGCUUGUUGAUGUGUAGACAGAAAGUCUUUUCUGCCCAGCAACAAAGGGAAUCACAAAUUACCAAGGACUGCUGAAAUU